AUGGUGUAUUUUCGGUUUCCUGGUAUCGUUUUGGGUAGAUUUCGCUUCUUUCAUUCAAAUCCUUCAAGGUAUAACAAAAUGUCUGGAAGGAAUCGAAUGCCACGGGGCCCACGUGAGGGCCCAAUACACCGGGCCCACGGCCCCCUCCCUCCUCACCCUGCUGCUCUUGAAGAAGAACUUGAACUCCAACAUCGAGACAUUCAAAGAAUCAUGGCUGAAAAUGGACAUGUAGUAGAAGAAAAUGUGAGUCUUCAAAGGGAAUUAACUGCUGUGAAAGAUGAGAUGCAUAGAUUAGGUCAAAUCAUCCCCAAAUUACAUGCUGAAAAAGAUGCAAGAGCCAGGGAUUUAAUUGACAGAGGAAUGAAACUCGAGGCUGAGCUUCGUGACACUGAGCCUUUAAUGGCAGAUGUAGGACAAUUAAGAAGUGAAUUCCAGAAAUUGACUUCAUUAAGGCAAGAAUUGUCUAGUCAAAUUCAAGGUUUGACCAAAGAUACAAGUAGAUUGAAGGCUGAAAAUGAACAGGUGGUUGGACUUAAGACUGAUAUUGAUGGUAUGCAUAAAGACCUUGUGGAUAUGAGGAGAGAUUAUGAAAUGAUGAAGAAAACAAAUGAAGAACAUGUGAUUCAAAAGGAAGCAAUGGAAAAGAAUCUUAUUUCAAUGGCUCGUGAAAUUGAGAAGCUUAGAGGAGAGCAAAUGAGGGCACGUGGACUUGGUGGUGGAGGAUAUGAAAUGUUAAAUGGAAACCCUAAUAUGAGGUAUCAUUCAGGUGGUGGAUAUGGUGGUGGUGGUGGUUGGGGAUCUUAUGACCACCGAGGACCACCGCGUUAUUGAUAACAACAUCCUGGGUACUACCUCAUUGACAUUUCUUGCCAGCUGGACAUAAAGGGUAUGUAUGGAUUGAUGCCAAAUUUACAUUUUAUCUUAUGUGUAAAUAUAAAAUGUAAUUUCAUCUUUAUGCAUGUUUAUGGAUAAUUGCUUGUGUUUAUUUUAGAGUAAAUUCUAUAUUUCGUCUUUCUGCUAUGUCAAAAGUUACCAAUGAUAUAAGAAUGAAAAAUACACAAUAUAUAAUAUGCAAUGAAUGAUUUGCACCAAUAACUAACCCGAGGUUAUAAAAUCUCUAAGAGAGAAGCAUGACUCUAGGUGAGACAUGUAUGAAUUGUAAGUCUAUCAAUCAUGUGGAGGGAUGUUUAAUGUAU